AUGCACGUUUACAAGAAGACCUUGCAAGCUCUCAUCUACCCCAUAAGCAGCACAACUCCCCAUAACUUCGUCCCAUGGACUGCGACCUCUCCGACCUACUGCUACGAGUGCGAAGGGCUUCUGUGGGGAAUAGCGAGGCAAGGGGUCAGGUGUACGGAGUGUGCUGUCAAAUGCCACGAGAAGUGCAAGGAUCUCCUCAACGCUGACUGUCUGCAAAGACAAAAAUGUCUAUCUGCUGAACCAAUGAGCAUCAAACAAAGUCCUUUGUUUAAUGCUCUUAAGAGGUCCGGUUACCGAUUUAAAGUUGCUGACAGUGACCAGCACAUAAUAUCGCAUCUACUCUACAUGGAUGAUUUGAAAACGUACGCUUUAGCGCCUACACAGUUGAAACACAUGCUACAAAUAACAGAACGCAUCACAACCGAUAUAAAAAUGGACUAA